CACCAGCCGCCUGGGAGGCGGGGUCGCCUGCAGGGUUAAGUGCGACAGAGGCCUGGCCGCCCGUCUCGCUACCGCCAUGGACGGGCCCCGCGCUGCCGCUCGCCUGCGGAUCGUGCUGGGACACCUUGGUCGCCCCUCGGCCAAGGCCGUGGUAGCUCACCCCACUUCAGAGACCAUUAUCCCUGCCAAUUACUGUCCUCAGUUCCAGUAUACCCUGGAUAAUAAUGUUCUGACCCUGGAACAGAGAAAAUUUUAUGAAGAAAAUGGAUUUCUUAUCAUUAAAAAUCUGGUAUCUGAUGCUGAUAUUGAGCGAUUUAGGACUCAGUUUGAAAAAAUCUGCAGAGAGGAAGUAGCAGGAAUAAUGUUAAUGAGAGAUGUGACCAUCCUGAACUCAGAAGAUGCGCUGAGUGAGAAAACAGUUUCAAAGGUCCAGGAAUUCCAAUAUGACAAGGAGCUCUUCAGAUACUGCACUCUCCCCCAGAUUCUAAAAUAUGUGGAGUGCUUCACUGGUCCCAACAUUAUGGCCAUGCAUACAAUGCUGAUAAACAAACCUCCAGACACUGGCAAGAAGACAUCCCGUCAUCCUAUGCACCAGGACCUGCACUAUUUUCCCUUCAGGCCCCCCAAUCGAAUGGUUUGUGCCUGGACUGCGAUGGAGCACAUUGACAGGAACAAUGGUUGUCUGGUUGUGUUGCCAGGCACUCACAAAGGUUCUCUGAAGCCACACGAUUACCCACCGUGGGAUGGAGGAGUUAAUAUAAUGUACUAUGGAAUCAAGGACUUUGAAAAAAACUGUCCUCGAGUGCACUUGGUAAUGGAAAAGGGAGACACUGUUUUCUUUCAUCCUUUACUCAUCCAUGGAUCUGGUCGAAACAGAACUGAAGGAUUCCGGAAGUCCAUUUCCUGCCAUUUCGCCAGUGCCAAUUGCCACUACAUCGAUGUCAAGGGCACCAGUCAGGAGAAGGUGGAGAAGGACAUUCAAAAAAUAGCAGAUAGAUUCCAAGGGGCUGAAAGCACCGUUAACUUGAAGGAUAUUUGGAGGUUUCGAGCUCAACUGGUGAAAGGAGAAAGAGUCAACCUUUGAAAUAGCCCUUUGAUAUAAUUCUUUUAGAAGAAAUCAAAAUAAAACAAGCUAAGGAAAAUGUCUUCUUAAUGAAAUGAUGUCAUCUUUUCUAUCACUUGCUAACAAAAUCAAAAAACAUGUAUUAGAUACUUAAUUGCAUAUUGUUGAUUUUGUAGUGCAAUAGCGUUGCUUUCAUGGAAGUAAAACCAGUAAAAGUGGAAUAUAACUGUUUUAAGGAAAACUAAUUUAAAGUUACAACUAAUAAAGGUGAUUAAUGAAUAAUU